AUGGUUUUGAUAUCCAAGCCACACAUUUUGUGUGGGAAAUUUAUCAAUUGGUAUUAUUUUGAAAAUUGUAAAAAAAAAAGUGGAAAAUUUUGUUGGAUGUUUUAUCACGAUGUUUGUAACAAAAAUAACAAUAAAAAGGAGAUAAAAAUAAAUAACUUAUCUCUAAAUUUUAACAGUUUUAAAAAGAAAAGUGAAUUUGAAGAAAAAGAGUUUGAUAUAGACGAUUUAAACAAAUAUAAUUUGAAAAAUAACAAAAUAAAUUUGAAUAUUUUAAAUAAAAUGAUAAAUUAUGUUUUAUUGAAAAAAAAUGAUAGUAAAAUAAAUGUAGAAAAUUUGUUAUUAUUAUUAGUUAUAUUUAAUAAAAAUUUUCCAGAUUAUAAAGAUCAAUUUGAAAAUGGAUUUUAUGUAAAAGUAUGCACAAGUAUUAUGUCUAAAAUAAAAUUAAAAUUACACUAUUUAUAUACUAGCAAAAUGUUAAUUUAUACAUUAAAUAUAUUAACGAAUUUAAAACUCGUUGACAAUGAUAUAUUAAAAUCAUUUAUAAAUAAAUGUGAUUAUUUUAUAAAAAAUGAAGAAUAUGAAAUAUAUGAUCUUGUUGGUUUUUUAAGAAUAUUUAGUGAAAUAUAUAAUUUGAACAAACAUUACAAUUCUAUUAAUUUACAAAAUUUCAAUUGGAUAUUAAUUAAAAUUAUAUGUAAUAAGUUAGUAUAUAAUUUUGAUUUAUUAUUUUUGCCUUAUAAAGACAAUAGCUUUUCAUUUAAUUUGCGAAAAAAAUUAUCACGUCAAAUUUUUCAAAUUGUUAAUACUCAAAACGAGCCACUUAAUCUUAACAAAAAUAAAGUAAAUAACAAAAUUAACAAAACUUUUAUUAAUAAUAAUCGUGUUUUUAAUUGCGAUAAUAUCGAGAAAUGUGAUGAUUUCAUUUAUUCUGACACUAACAAGCCAAAUACAAUUAUUCUGGACACUCUUUUGUCAAUUUGUAAAAGUCUAAAGGAUUUAAAUUAUUCCCAUAUAUUAUUAUUAAAUGAAAUUACAAAUACUAUAAAAAUACAUUUUUUUAAUAAAAAUAAAUUAACAAAUAUAAAUCAGGAUUAUGCUUCUUUGAAUAAAAUAUUUUAUAUUAUGAAUUGUUUUUUAUUUUUACAAUUAGAUUAUCAUAUGUUUUAUAAAUAUAUAUUAAAUAAUUUUAAUGAAUUUUUAAAAGAAUAUAAAAAUUUGUUACUUGUUUUUUUUUUACUUUCAAAAAAUAACUUGUUUCCCUCAAAAGUUAUUCAUAUAUUUGAUUCUACAUUUUUACAAAAUAUAAAACAAAAAAAAUAUAAUUCACAAAAUCUUAUAAUUAUAUUAGAAUCAUAUGCCUUACAUAAGUACAGAAAUUCUAUUCUAAUUCAGCAAAUUUUAAACUUUUGGAAAAUCUGUCCUUUUCAUGAUGAAAUAAAUCACACACAUUCAAGUCAAACUCCUCUCGAAAUUUCAUGUUUUGCCAAGAACGACAAAAUAAUAACGAGCAAUAAUAAUGGAUACUCAAAUAAUGGAUGUAAUAAUAGCAAGGGUUGGAGUAGAGUUAGUACAGAAGAAUAUGAGGUAAAAGGAAGUAAAAGUUUGUACAAUUAUCUCACAAUUUUAGAUAAAAUAAAAAUUUUUUAUAGUUUAUUUCAUUUAGACAUUUAUGAAGAAAAUAUAUUAUUUGAUAUAACAACGCAAUUAAAUAAGCCAGAAUUAAUACAUGAUAUUCCAUAUAAAUUCUUAAUCAAAUUAUUAUUAAGUUUUUGUUAUUUUUCUUUUGAAAAUAUAACUAUAUAUAAUAUGAUAAUAAAAAAUUUAAUAAAAUAUGAUAUACUAGUAAAUAAUAUAUAUUUAAAUCAAUUAAAAAUCAUAGAGCUUUCUUUACGAACACAACACGUUCCGAAUGUGUAUAAUAAAAUAGAUACUGAAUGUUAUGAAUAUAUGAAUUAUAUUAAAAAUAAAGAAAAAGAAAUUGAAUAUAAUAUAAAAUCGGAUUUGCAAAAAGAAGUUAAACAUAUUCUACUCACUUUUAAUUUAACACCCUUAGAAGAAGUUUCAAUAGGCCCAUAUAAUGUCGAUUUUGUUGAGAAGGAUCAAACAUUUCAAAAUAUAUGCAAAAAUGAAAUAUACUAUAAAGAUCAAUCAAAUAAUUAUACUAAAAUUAUAUCAUCAAAUAAAAAAAUUAAUGAAAAUAUUGGAAAAAUAAUAAUUGAAGUUAAUGGGGAACAUCAUUUCUAUAGAAAUACAAAAUCUUAUACUUCUUUCUCAAAAUUAAAACAUAAAUUGUUAAGUGAUCUUGGAUAUAUUGUUAUUAACAUUCCUUACUUUGAUUGGGCUAUAUUAAAAACCGAUUUAAAUAAAAAAUCGUAUAUAAAAAAAAUAAUAAAUGAUAAAUCAAAUAUAGAUAUGGUUUCUAUAUUGCCUUAUAAUCAGCAAACCCUUUUAUUAAAAAAUAAGGAGUUACAAAAUAUUAAAAAGACAAUUCAUUCAGAAAAUGCCAAAUCAGCGUUUAUUAAUAAUAUUGCCGAGUUUAGAAAAAAAAAAAAAUUAAAAUUUUUAAAGAAAAAAAUUAAAGAAAUUUAG